GGACCCGCGCGGAGGAGCCUGGGCUCGUGAACCAAAACACGCAGCUGGCUAGUUGUUCCCUUUAAGUUUGUACUCAUUUUGGUUUCUUAUGUAAAACAAAAGGAUGAAAUAAUUACAAAUUGAAAGCCGACAGGUAUGGAGACGUGUCUUUGGUGUACAGCGUCCGCUGAAAAUGACGUGGCUGUCACAACGCUUCUGAAACAAUACUGCAGCAAUGAGCUGAAUGUACAAAAAACAGAGGCCGCUAAUUCUGACCUCCAGUAUUGCCUGGAGUGUGUGGUGGAGUACCACCGAGCAAGAGAGAGGGUCCCUGCCCUGCACAAGAGCCUGUGGAAAUUGGAGACUGCUCGGCUACUUCAAGUUUUCCAGGCAGCACUGGAGGUGGAUCUGGAGGAUGAUGACUUGUUCUUUGUUGAAGAUGGUCAUGAGCAGCCAGUCCCCAAGGUUUCACCUGAGGAAUUUCACAACCAACUGAGAUUCCCACUCAUGGAAGUGCUGAAAUACCCUUACCUCCUGUGUCACCUGGAGCUCUGUGACAUAGUGGUGAAAGUGUUGUGCAAAAUGGAGGACAUGAAUAACCCUCUACCAGUGCAUGACCAGUAUCAGGGAACAUACCUGCUUAUGGUGCACCCUGAUGAAACGGUGCGUCGCUGGGCGAUAGCCACCGCCAGGUCAUUGGGCAGGGUGGACAGAGACAACUAUUAUGAUCUGCAAGAGGUCUUCUCCUGCAUGUUCUACAUCAUUGACUUAGGAAUCACUGUGGACUUUCCAAAUGUGGAUGAAUCGUACUGUUCUGGCAAGCUUCAGAUGCUGCCUCCACAUCUCUAUGACUCCAAAAAUAAGAAGAAUUACUGGCUAGGUAUCUGUAUGUUGCUGAUGCAGCUGGACUCACAAGCCAUGGAUUCCUUAUUAAUGGGGCCAGAGGGGCAAGCCAGCAUUCCCCAAUGCAUUAUCAAUACGAUGAGUGACUGUAAUAAAGAUGAUGACCCCGGAUCAGAUCCCUUUUGGCCAGCUUUGCACUGUUUCUUGGUCAUUUUAGACCGUCUGGGCUCAAGGAUCUGGGGACAAAUAGAACCACUAGAUGCUUUUCAUGCCAUCACUCGAGCAGGCAGCUACGAGGAUGAAAUUAAAAAUAUCCGAAAGAACACUUCAGGGGCAAGAGUAAAAGUGGAGCCUGAGAAUGAUGAUGACUUGAUAUCCUGCAGUCAAAUUGUGUAUGCUUGUUAUACUGAGGAGAGAACAAGUAGAACAUCAGACUUAUCCAGCAAUAAUGAUACCAGUGGCAAUGCAAUUUUUGAAGAAAUGAGCUGCCUUGUUAAUUUUUUGCAGUCAGAAAUGGGCCAAAGCAUGCGUGUAUAUGGAAGCACUUUUCUUUGGUUCAUUCCUUUCGUUCGUGCCGUCAUGGAGGUGCCUGUGCUUAAUAGCAUCUGCAUUGGAGAAGUUAUCCACUACCUGAAAGACAAUGUCAGCAACGAUGUGCUAUCUGGAUUGACACAAACCUGCGACAAAGUCACAGAGCUCUUUAUCCGCAUGCUAGUUGAUAUAAUUGAGCUGCACUUAAGCAAAGGCUGCAUGGAAGCAGUAAACUACUUUGCCCCUGUAUGGGUAAAUAUGGUAAUGCAGUGUGCUGUUCUGUCUGAUGAUUAUUGUAACACCAGAAUUCAAGAUCCACGGAGGGGGAUCUAUGCAGCAGCUUCACGUUUUGGGAGAGGAACUCGCGUGCCAGCAGUUGGUCUCAGUGCUAUAAGUCAAGCUUGCAUAAAGCUGAUUCGCUCUUUGUUAAGGGAAGGGGGUCGAACAGGAACAAUUCCAGAGGCUGCACACUAUCUGGAUGUAGUCAACCGACACCUGCGUGAUGUCUCAUCUAGAAAGUUUAGUCUUUCCCGAUCAGAAUAUGACGGUCUUAAUAAAUGCUUACGCAAUCUUGUAAAAGCAAUAUCAGAUAGGCCUGCGGUUUCAAAUGAUGUUCUGCCACGUGCUCCACCAACGCCACCCACAGAUCCCCCAGAAAAUGUUGUUUCCUACCCAAAUUCCACAUUGACUUCGCCUCUGCAACAGCUACAAGUCAAAGAUGCAGCGGUUGGUCCAGGUGGUGGAGCAGGUACAAGUAAUAUUAAGGAUGAGCCACUGUGGCAUCAAAAGAAAAGUUUCUGUGAUAGAGAAAUUAUCAAGGUAAAGGAAGAAUCUCAUAACGCAAUAGAAAUAUCAGAAGUUACACCUUUUGAUUUUAAUCGUAUAAAACCAGACUAUGAGAAAAUAGAGGAAAUCAGAUCUAUUUUUAAUGAUCAGAACCUUUCCAAGAUACACGCCAUUGCUAAGAGAUCUGAGGCUCAGGAGGAACAAGGUCAGUGCAGUGGCUUGAAGGAGAUUGGACAUGUAUCAGAUGAACGCACUCAGCCUUCAACCUCGCAAUUUAAGAUUCUGGACUCCGCCGUGGUUAGCGAGUCCUCUAAACAUAUGCUGAAAGAUGAUGACGAUGAGCCCCUAAAUAUUCGAAGGAAACGCUUAAAAAGGUCUUUGAAUUCUGGAGAAAAGGAUUCAACUGCUGCCAAGCAUAUUCUAAAGCAGUCGUCUAGCGGUGCAAAACAUGUCCAUGAGAGUAACACAAUCACCGGUUCUAUACUUGAUGAUGAGCUAUUCGAAAAAAAGAUAACACAUGAUCCUCCUUCGGACGAGAAAAUUAACAAGAGUUUAGGCCGUGAAUAUGAUGAUUUAAGUGAAUCGCAAUUAUUUGAGUUUGAAACCCAAGAACAUGUGGUGUCUGCCUGGAAUGAGCCACAGAUUGACAGCCCAGUUGUGACCAAAAACCAAAAACUUGGGAAUGAUCACAAAGCAUGCCGUAGUCAUGAUGCUGUGGAGCCCAUGGCGACUCAGCCUGUCUCUGAGGAAGACAUUGAAAGAGCCUCUUUGCAAGUCGAGGUGCAAACCCGUAAACGGCCGCAGCCACUGGAACUGCAUCAAGCAUCAAGCACGCAAGUUCCAACCAAACCACACCCUAAUGAAAAACGUGAUUUGAUUCAGUCCAAAAAUUCAGGAAUUCCCACUGAAAAAUUUAGCCUUGCUAAUAAAAAAGCCAAGCAAUGCCUGAGUAGAAAGCCACCUGGUAAUGAAGCCCCAAGAGAAAAAAAAAAGAUGCAUCACAGGACACAAAAUGCUGUGUCUCGAGACCCUGUGAAACCAGGGAGUUCUUCCCCAAUGCUGACUUCACCUUCUGUUCCAUCAACAUCUACUACAGCCCCUCACAGAGGCAUUUCUACAUCCUCUGUUGCAUGUUCAUCAUCCGCUCCUGCUAUAGUUCCACCAAAAAAGGUUCGUAAACGUGUUGAAUCUGAAGUACCUCCAGAGCUUAUUGGGUUAAAAAAGAAGGCAAGGAAAGCUUUUGAUCUUUCACAACGUUCCUUGGACUGUUUGGGUGAACUUCGGUCACACGGCCAGAAUGUGCAUGUUGAGUUACAACUAAAAUCAAAAAGCAAUUGUCGGCAGAAGAUUGUGAAAAAAGGAAUUGGUUUAGAUCCACAAGCUAUGCAAUACAUUAGGCAGAGUCGUGGAAAGCUCCAGAAGUCAACACCAGCCACUGAUGUUCCCAAAUCAAAUAAACGUUCUGUACCAGAGGCCCUACCGAAAUCAAAACCUGCAGUUGAAACCGUGGAAGAACCAAGUGAUGAAGAGGACUAUAAUUACCCUUUUCUUCCCUGUUCCCAGCCUGAUCCUGAGAGAAGGACAGACAAUAAAAUUGGGACCAGUAAAGUCAAUACUAAUUUGUCAAAUGAUUCAAAAAUAGUAGAAAGUGAUUGUGCUAAGGACACUAAAAGUAAAGAACAUAGUUCUGUUAGAAAUAACCAAAAUGUGGGUAACUCCAUAGCAGAGCAUGCAGAAUCCAGUGGUGUAAAUUGUGAUGAGGAUGAUGAUGAAUGGACAUACCUUACACAAAAUGAGCCUACGGAUAUGGAAUUAUGCUCUCAAAUGGAGCUAAUGGAGGAAGAGUAUGGUGAGAACUUAAUGAUUACAAGCUGUGACUCUUGCAACCAAUCAAAUAUUUCUGGAGGAGAAUCAAGUGUGCCACUUAAUCCAUUAUCUAGCAAUAUGCCUCAGAAAUCACUUUCUGAUGCUUCCUUAAAAACCUCUUCAGAUGACAAUUUGUUCUUAAAACCAAGCCUGCCUACUGAGUGUCAGAAAAAAGCAAAGCCUUCUACAACGAAAAUUUAUUCAUCGAGUUCCCGCAGUGCCUCUUUAGUAAAAGAACUGGAAAAGGUAGCAGCCCCUCCACCUUUAGCUAAUGUGGCUAGGCCCAAGGUCACUCGACCACCACCAGCAAUGGCUCCUCCACCACAACCUCCAAAAACUACACCACAACAUGAAUUUCGCCAGCCACUUCCAAAAAGACCUGCCCCACACUCUUCAAAUCAGACUCCAAAGUCACCACUUUCUAAUGUAACACCAUCUUUUCAUGUGCCUUCAUAUAAGACAUAUCCCAGACCAGAAGCACCUGUAUCAGUACAAACAUCAACAGUGACUCAAGGUCAAAGAGCUGACAACUCUCAGAUGUAUGAACCAUCCUACCUGAAACACGAUAUUCUAAAGUGGGAGUACAGCAUGUUUAACAAUUAUGAAAUGUUUGGGACACCCCAGGAAUUGUGUACAAUUCCACUUAAGGAGGUACCAACAGAGUUCUCUAACUACAAAGACUAUUUCAACAUCUUUUACCCACUUCUGCUCAAUAACACAUUUGAAGAGAUGGUCAAUGAAUGGCUUAAAAAAAGGAAAUUCAAACUUCAACUACAGGUCCAGGGAAUUGAAUACAGUAAUCGCAUUGCCAGUGCCAGUUUUACAGCGAGCCUUAAUGCUGAGCAGGAGAUGAACCAGCUGUAUCCUAAAGAAGACGACCUUGUGCUCCUCUGGCUGCCUGAGAACACUGGUGCAUAUGUAAAUGAUGAACCAGAGUCUCAUGAGAUGAAUGCCCACUUUGGAUGUGUGUCUCGGUCCAGCGUGAUAAGUAAUGGAGGAGGUCAAGCCUCUGCAUUGAACCUUAUUAUUCAGACGCGUGGUAAUGUGUCCUCUGUUAACACCCAGUCCAUUAACUGUGAAGUAAUUGGAUCCCUAAUCAGUACAUUACGAGAAUUCAGAGCACUGUGUUUGCUACCAAAGAGAAAGAUGUUAUAUCCAAUCCUCAAGCCAGACAUCAGGUUCUUUGGACCAUCCCAGGAUGACCUGCCCAACCUAGAUAUGCCUGAAUAUAAUGCAGACCAGACUAAAGCAAUCAGAUGCGGGGUUGCAAUGGUGAGAAGAAAACAGAAUACUCCAAAGAUUUUGUUAAUACAUGGACCACCAGGAACUGGCAAGAGCAAAAUCAUAGUUGGCAUGCUGCAAAGAUUUUUCUCCGAUGGUGCCGGUCCUUCAGUGAAUCGCUAUUCUAAGACUCGCAGGAUGAGAAUUCUGAUCUGCGCUCCAUCUAAUGCUGCUAUUGACAGCUUAAUGAAGAAAAUCAUUGCUGCCUUCAAAGCAAUGUGCUUAGACAGUCAAUCUCCACAAGGGACCUGUGGUGACAUCAACUUGGUGCGACUAGGGAGUGAGCGGACAAUCUCUAAAGACUUGACUGGCUUCAGCCUUGACCGCCAGGUCAGAAAAGCCCUGGAGAGAGCGCAACAAAAAAAUGAUUCAGAAAUCCAUAGAAGGAAAGAGGAACUGGACAAAAUCAUUGAUGGGCUGUCUCGGCAGUGCGCCAAAACAGAAAAAAAAUCGCCCUUGUUUGAGCAGCUAAGUAACCAAAAGAUAUCCUGCUUAAAAGAAAGGGAGAAACUCAGCAGACAGUUAAAAGAGUUUCGUAGUAAGAGACAAGAGGUGCAGUCGCGUCUUCUGCUUGACGCUCAUGUGAUUUGCUGCACGCUGAGCACGAGCGGCAGUGGCCUCCUUGAAUCUGCCUUCCGUCGUCUUGGACAUGAACCAUUCAACUGUGUUAUUGUCGAUGAGGCGGGACAAGCUAAAGAAACAGAAACUUUGAUCCCUUUACUUUAUCAAUGCCCAAAUCUCAUCCUGGUGGGCGACCCUCAUCAGCUCACACCCACUGUUGUGUCCCAGAAAGCCAAGGAGCUGGGCUUUGACCAAUCACUGAUGGCUCGAGCUUGGAAGAGGCUUUAUAGCCCAGACACACGCCUUCGUCCUUUCAUCUUCCUUGGUACCCAGUACCGCAUGCACCCGUAUAUUUGCGAGUUCCCAUCUAAGUACAUCUACGGCAACGAAUUGAAAAAUGACCGAGAGACUGCUCAGAAACUGUGCUCAUCUUCCUGGCUGUUUGAACCUUACAGAGUGUUUGAUGUGGUUGAUGGAAAAGAGAGCAAAGAUAGAGACAGUUCUUUUAGUAACAUGAAGGAGGUAAAGCUGGUGGUGCUGCUUUUCAGACUGCUUUGGCAGACACAUGCCAAACUCAAGAAAAAGGAGCAAAUACGUGUUGGCAUUAUAACUCCAUAUAACGCCCAAAAACUACAAAUCAAGCAAGCUCUUGAGAAGGAAACAGACAAUAAGGACGUAAAGAAAUACAUACAUGUGGAGGUGGACACUGUGGAUGGCUUUCAGGGCCGUGAAAUUGACUGCACCAUUGUGUCCUGUGUAAGAGCCAGCAAUGAAAAUGGUUCUAUCGGGUUUGUGGGUAAUCGCCAGAGGAUGAAUGUAACCAUAACUAGAGCCAAAUCCAGCUUGUUUAUCCUUGGACAUCUUCGUACACUCAAGGAGCAGAGGGAUUGGGGUGCACUGAUAGAAGACGCAAAGAAUCGAGGGACAAUAAUAACGGCCCACGAGUCCAUAUUUCAUGAGGUCACACAAAAGGUGGUGAAACCGAAUCGACUCUGUCGUAGUUACUCGCACCCGCCCAGCCACACCUCCGAUUCUACUUACUUUGAUCGGCAAAGAGAUCACAGGACACACACUAGGCCUAUAGACCCACGUCUACCAGAGUGUCCUCAUGCAAGCAGAGAACAGGACAAUGGACACCAAAACUUCACUCACACACGGCCACCAAAUCACGGUGCUCCAGAUCCUCGACUCUACCAAAACACUUCACGUUUAGAACGACGUCGCGAUCGACACGUUUCUUUCUCGUUAGAGCCGUCUAGAGAACGCAGGAAAUAGUACUCGCUUAAUUUUUGCAGGACAAACGUCUGUCGACAUUUCUUAACCAAAUUUAACUAAACUUCUUGACUAAAAAUGCUUAUUAGCAAGACGUGUUGCACCUGACAGUCCACAAAGGCUGCUAGCUGAAGUAUUCAUGUACGAUACUGGACAGACUUUUUGAGAAAAACAUCAGGACUGUCCCUAAGAAAAUGAUAAUCAGCUUUAUUUUAGCAUUUAGAAAAUGCUAAUAAGCUUUAUUUUAGCCUUUUGUCAAAAGUGAUAAUAUAGAUUUUUAUGUGUUCAGUUUGUGUGUUUUUUUUUUUUUUUUUUUUCAGUGCAAAAUUGAGCGUCUAUGCAGAAAUCAUAAAUGAACGGUAAUCACAGUCUAAAACAAGUGACAUGCACUUCUAGCUAACUUUUUUUUUCUUCUCUUCUGUAGCUAAAUGCAUUUUUUAUAUGCAUAACUCGAAUUUGUAAAACUUAAAUUUUAAUGUUUUUCUUUUUUUUGGGUUACAAAAAUGGGCGAUCGGAAGCAUUCAGUUGCUUCUUUUAUUUCAUUUUUUAAAACAUUUUCAAGCUACAUUCUGGAAGAAAAUUUGGCAAAUCUUUUAUUUCUAUUCUUAAGGUUUAAAAUUGAGAGAAUUACGAUGUCUAAAAAUGGCUGUGAAAUUAUAAUUCAGGAAUGUUAUCUAUUUGAAGGUCUGAGAUGGCCUUUUUUUGUAAAUAUUUUAAGAAUGUAUAUUUGUAAUACAUGUUUUGUAUUUUUAUUUUUAUUUUUUGCUUGUUCUUUUCACUUUCCUUGAAGUAUUUGUAAGGUUUCUCUGCCAUCAUUGGUCUCUCCUUCAUUAGAUAUGGAUGCCGCAUUAUUACUAUAAUUAAACAUUAAAUAAAGCAUCCCUAACCAUGUGGUCAAAAAUA